GCGACGGUGAGGGCAGCGAUGGGCGCCGGGACAGAGCCGGCGGAGGCGCGGUGCGACGCGGCGGAGGGGAGGGUCUACCUGGACCACAACGCCACCACCCCCCUGGCCCCUGAGGUGGCCCAGGCCGUGCGGGAUGCCAUGCUCCAGGCCUGGGGCAACCCCAGCAGCUCCCACCCUGCAGGCAGGAAGGCGAAGGAGCUCAUCGGCUGCGCCCGGGAGAGCCUGGCGAGGAUGGUGGGAGGCCGGCCAGAGGACAUCGUCUUUACCUCGGGGGGCACGGAGGUGGGAGCAGCCGCAGAGGAGGGCAAGGACAAAGGGCGCCGCCCUUUCUCUGGGCCUUCCUUUUCCCCUCUGCCUUUCUCUCUUCAGGCAAACAACAUGGUGAUCCACACCGCCCGCAGGCACUUCCGCGAAAGCCAGGCCAGGCCGGGGGACGGCCGGGGGACGCCGCACAUCGUGACGUCGAGCGUGGAGCACGACUCCAUCCGCCUGCCACUGGAGCAGCUGGUGAAGGACAGCCUGGCAGAAGCCACCUUUGUGGCUGUGUCCCCACGAAGCGGGCGGGCUGAGGUGGACGACGUCCUCGCUGCCAUCCGGCCGACCACCUGCCUGGUUUCCAUCAUGUUGGCCAAUAACGAGACUGGGGUCAUCAUGCCUGUAACAGAGCUGAGCCAGCGCGUCCAUGCCCUCAAUCAGUGGAGAGUGGCGGAGGGGCUGCCCAGGAUCCUGGUGCACACAGAUGCGGCGCAGAUGAUUGGCAAGGGGCGUGUGGACGUGCAGGAGCUGGGGGUGGACUACCUCACCAUCGUGGGACACAAGUUCUAUGGCCCGCGGAUUGGUGCGCUGUACGUGCGUGGCCCCGGCACCACCACCCCGCUGCACCCCAUGCUCUUUGGAGGGGGACAAGAGAGGAGUUUCCGGCCGGGCACCGAGAACACCCCAAUGAUCGCUGGCCUCGGCCAGGCUGCAGAGUUGGUGAGCAAGAACUGGGAGGCCUACGAGGCUCAUAUGCAGGAUGUUCGGGAUUACCUGGAGGCCAGGCUGGAGGCCUCCUUUGGGAAGCAGAGGAUCCACCUCAACAGCCACUUUACAGGCUCCAAGCGACUCUGCAACACCUCUAACUUCUCCAUUCUGGGCCCAGGUCUUCAAGGGCGAAGGGUGCUGUCUCUCUGCAAGACGCUUCUCGCCAGCGUUGGGGCUGCCUGCCACUCUGAGAAAGGGGAUCGGCCUUCUGCAAUUCUGCUCAGCUGCGGGAUCCCCUAUGACGUGGCGCAGAAUGCCCUGCGGCUGAGCGUGGGGCGAGACACCACCCGGGCAGAAGUGGACCUGGUUGUGCAGGACCUAGUGCAGGCUGUGGCGCAGCUGUACCAGGACCAAGCCCUGUAGACCCUGGGGAUCGCUCCCUGGCCAUCACCCAGGUUCUCGGGACGGGAUUGUGCCCUGCUUGGCCCCUGGGUGCUGGCUGCCUGUGUCAGUUUGGGCUCAGGUUUUGGCGGGAUUAGUUUUGCGCCUGAUCCCUAAGCUGAACUGAUGCAGCCUGCAGUUUGUGAUUGUGGAUCAGACGUUGGGGAAGUGGCAGCUGGUGGUGGCAAGAGGAGGAAGUGGGAUCACCCGUUUCGGCAGCAAUGUGCUCUUAGCUCUGCUUAGCUGUAUGUCAGCUUGUGCUCACAGGGAUCACAGUGGGGCUGGCACGGCUCUGCAGCACAUACGGCUCGAGCAGAGAAGCUAGCGCAGGCGCUCUAGGCAGCAGGGGGCUAUGCUGAGGAAGGGCCUUUGCUGCUUUGGGGCUGGAGCAGCUCAUCGAGAGCUUGCUGAGGACUCUCUCAUCCCCGCCGCACGGCACAGGCAUUCGAGGAGUCUCGCUGUUGGGUGUUUCUCACUUGCCAGCAUGUACGCAGCCGGCUGCGUGCAUGCAUGUCUCAAAGUUCGACUCCCUCCAGAGCAUAGCAGGGGUGGAAGCCAUAGGAGAUGAAGCCUUUUUGCCCUGGUUGCUUUCCACAAAGGAAGCUUUCCCACUGUCUAAUCCCUCAGAGGAGGAAAGACCAUCUGCCCCAGAGGGAAAUGAGGAGUUGACAGAAGCACAGCAAGAUUCUGGGCUGGGAACUGCCCUGCCCCUGCCAGGGCCCUAAGCUGCCAAAGGGUUUUUUGGCUGAGAAGGUGAUGGGCACAGCUUUCCCAGCACUGUGUUGCGUUACCUGCUCCCCUUCCUCCUGUCCUUCCUACAGUGGGCAGAGCUCCGGUUGCCAGCUCCACGUGCUCCUAAAGGGAACAGAGUUGUCGGGGCAGCUGUAACUGUGCCAGUACCUGAGGAAACGUGUCUUCCCUGCGUGGCCCAGGCGGUGGUUCUCAUCACUGACACAGGAGCGCACAAGUGUUGCAUGGAUUAGGAAUGUUGCCGGCUGGGCUGACUGAUGUCAGGGAACCUGGUCUCCCUGGCUAUUCGUAGGAAUAAAAGUGCUGCUGCUGUGGCUUUUUCCCAAGUAACAUGUAUUUUCUAUGGCGUUUUCCAUGGGGGAAGCUGGGCUGGUUGGAGUCACCUGAGCAAUGUCUUUUCCCUCAGAAAAUGCUCGUGUCCCAGAAUAGAGGCACAGUCCACUGGAGCAGGGAGGUGCCCGCUGGUCCUGGUUGGCGUGGACCCCAUGGACACAGAUUCUCAGACAGCAGUCUUUCUCUUUACCAGCCAUACAUUAGCAUGGCCAGGAAUACUAUUUGGAACCAUAAACCCUGGGGCUUUUUGUAAAUCUAAUUUCUAACUGAAGUGUUAGGACCCAAGCACACUGACUUAAUGUCACUGGAUGCCUGUCAGGCUGUU